AUGGUUGAGUUUAGAUACAGUCGACCUGCCGGUAACCGAGUCUGGCGUGUAGACAAUGUUCCACGCACCGCGACUGAAGACGACAUCCGCGAUUUCUUCCAACAGCAUAUGAUCCUCGAUCAGGUUCGCGCAGCUCAUCCACGAACAGGGGCGAAUUCGAGUGUAUAUGUCAUGUUCGGGCAUAUGCAUCCUGUACACAUAGCGAGUGACUACAUCCGUGGCAAUCGUGUGCGCGUGGAAGCUGCUCCUUCUGGCAACUAUAUAGUCAACGACAAUCACGACGGUUUCGUUCGCCCUGGACUUUCUAGCCCUGACUCAGCCUUACCCGGACGGCCUUACGGUACUCGUGGGCUUACCGACUCGGACUUCCCAGCUCUCGGGAUCACUCGCGAAGACGAAGAACGUCGGCGCGAAGAAGAGGCCGUGCGGCGUCGAGAAGCACGAGAAGCAAGAGUAAAGGAGAGCCAAUUAUUGCAAGAAGAGCACGAGAAGGUCGUGCGGGAGCGUGAAGAGGAAGCUCGAAAGGAGAAAGAGCUAGAGGCUCAGGCCAAAGCUCAGGCGGAGAAGAAGCGUUCAGCUCUCGCUGAGCUAAUUCCACGAGUUCUUCAAAAUCUGGGUGACGUUUUGCCCCCGCAUCGCGUCCCUUCUCCUGAUCUCGAUAAUCGAGAAGAUACGCGGAACCGAGUACUCUUCAUGACCGACAUCCCGCCCGAGCUCGAUAACGAUGUAGUCAUGGCGUUUCUCCACCCGUUUCGCCCCGAAGGUAUCGAUCGUGCUGAGCUCGGAGGAAAUCGCAUGUUGUCUGCUAUCAUCUUGAUGCAAACAGCUGAGGGCCGCGACGAGGCUGUUGCUCAGCUCAAUGGCACGACACUUGCAGGCCAGAGGGUUGUCCUUCAGGCUUUCAACAAUGUCACUCAAGAUGUCCUGGACCGUGUCCUAAACCCACCCGUUCCCAGCGCCCCUAGCUCGUCGAACCCUCCACAGGCCUCGGGCUCCUACUCCCCAUUUGGAGCUUCCCCAGACACCACGUCUCCUGACCCGCCAGCUCCCGAUAUGUCGGCCCUCACGGCCGUGCUGCGCAACUUGAACUUAGUCCAAGACCCGACACCGGCAUCACCGCAACCAGCUCCCCGUGGACGUGGACGUGGACGUGGACGUGGACGUGGACGAGGAUCUUCUUCCAACCGCCGCUCCUCUGGACGAGGACGGGGUCGGGGCACCGCGCAGCCCUCCGGUCAAGUAGUACAGCCACCAUGGAAUUACAAUCAGACAAGCUACGCCCUGAGUCGAGCCGAAGCUGACCGCAUCAAUGCAGAACGGCAGCGUCGUAAUGGAAAUAUCCGUGGAGGCCGCGGUGGUAGACCAGGUGGCCGAGGAAACGGACGUGGUCAGUAG